GCCAUGUGGAAUAGAGCGGAGGUUCUUUUUGACAGACGAUGUAGAUAUUAAGAUGACUACUAAGGAACAUGAGCCACUUAAAAAAAGAACGAAGAAGAGGACAGCAAGGGAUCUUGAAGAGGAGGAAGAUUCAAACUCGGACUCUGAAAAUGAAACAUUAGGCUCCAGUAAUAAGAAGAAAUGCCCACCAUCAAAUCAUUCAGACUAUUCAACUGAUUCAAGCCAAUCAAGUAAAGAACAAGGAACCUAUUCGACCAGUCAUUGGAGUUACAAAGAUCUGAAGUCUGUAAAUAUCUUUUAUGAGGAAACACAAGAACCCUUGGAAAAAUUUAUCAGUGAAGUGAAAGAUGUUCUUCAGAGUGAGAGAUAUUUUUUCCCUGAUCCCAGCAAAAUGACCAAUAUUUUGAGGAAACAUCUGGAAAUUUUGACAUUUUCAUAUGAUUUGGCAAAACUUAGAAUUGUACGGAAGUACGGUGUCCCUAGAGAGGAGCUGGAGAGAAUAUCAGAGGAGAUGAUGGAAUAUGAACGGCAGUGGACACAUGGGGAAGAGCCAGAAGAAACACUACAGAAGAACCACUUUUAUGAAGCAUUGGACUCAUCUAUGAGGAACCAUGCACUGAAACUAAUAAUCAAAUUGGACUUUGCUGUGGGAGAUUUUGCAUAUCAGACUGUUCAACUUGCCAAACAAAUUCUAAUUGGAACAGAUUGUCCUGAGGAUACAGAAUGUAGAAAUAUUUUCCAGAUUUACUGUGAAUUUUUUGGAAGGAUAUUCUUUUUAACUAGUGGUGUAGUAAUUCAGGGGUCCUUUACUUUUCAAAAUCGAAUCCUGAGGAUCACUCCUGAUAUUGUCUAUCAUUACAUCCCUGAUAAAUGUUGUAAUUCAGAGGAUGAGCAACUCUUGUUUAUUAUACAGUGUUGUCUAUCCUGUGUUGCCUUUCCUGUGUUGUCUGUCCUGUCCUGUAUUGCCUGUCCUGUCCUGUGUUGCCUGUCCUGUGUUGCCUGUCCCGUGUUGUCUGUCCUGUGUUGCCUGCCCUGUGUUAUCUGUCCUGUGUUGUCUGUCCUGUGUUGCCUGUCCUGUGUUGCCUGUCCCGUGUUGUCUGUCCUGUGUUGCCUGCCCUGUGUUAUCUGUCCUGUGUUGCCUGUCCUGUGUUGUCUGUCCUAUGUUGUCUGUCCUAUCCUGUGUUGUCUGUCCUGUGUUGCCUGUUCUAUGUUAUCUGUCCUGUGUUGUCUGUCUUGUGUUGCCUGUCCUGUGUUGUCUGUCACGUGUUGCCUGUCCUGUGUUGUCUGUCCUGUGUUGUCUGUCCUGUCCUGUGUUGUCUGUCCUGUGUUGUCUGUCCUGUGUUGCCUGUCCUGUGUUGUCUGUCCUGUCCUGUGUUGUCUGUCCUGUGAUGCCUGUCCUGUCUCUCCUGUCCUGUGUUGUAUGUCCUGUGUUGCCUGCCCUGUGCUGUCUGUCCUGUGUUGCCUGUCCUGUGUUGCAAAUAGAGCUGCAGAUUCUCCUGAGGAUGCGACAGACAUUAAAGAGAUAGUGAGAGAAGAUACUAUGGGACAAGUUGGAGCAGAGCUUAUUGGCCUGUCACGUCGUUCAGUAUUUUAUCCAAAUAGUCUUGGAAUCAUUUGUAUGGAAACAAAAUUAAUUUUUGUUUUCCUGAAAAUAUCAAUGGAGCAUUCAGUCAGCAUACAUAGUGGAGAUAAAGGAUCAGCAGAAGAUCCAGGGAAGAUUAUGUACACCCAGCCGUUUGACAUUCUUAAACCAGAAGACAGACUGAAAAUAGCAGACUUCAUGUUCUGGCUAGGAUAUAUUCAAAAUCGCAGACGAUAUCCCUCUCUCUGAUUAUCAUCACUGUAAACUAAGGACCCUUUAAGUACAUUUGUUGUUUAUUUGCAGAUAAGGGAGGGCAUAUUGCUUUGCUGCUGUCUGUCUGUCUGUCUGUUUGUUGGUCCCCCAACAGUUUCCAUUCAUUUUCUUUGCAGAGGUUGCACAUACUGAAAUGAAAUUUGGUAUACAGAUUUAUCAUAAGAAUAUCUAGGUCAGGUCUUGUUUUGGGUAUGAUCAAGCAAUUUUUCACAGAGUUAUGCCCCUUGGACUUAGAAAAAUUCCAAUUAUUUGCUCUCCGUUCAUUAUCUCUGCAAAAGUUGUACAAAUAAAUUACUGAUAUAUCAUGAGAAAUGUGUUUUUGCCAAAGAUGUGGUA